CCCCCGUUCAGGUCAUCAAGUUAAAGAACAGUCUUGGCAAAAUGUUCUACACGCAGCUGCUUAUGAAUAAGCGUGGGCCUUUGGCCAAGAUAUGGUUGGCUGCUCACUGGGAUAAGAAACUCAAAAAAUCUCAUAUAUUUGAAUGCAAUUUAGAGAAGACUAUUGAAAAUAUGCUCUGCCCAAAGUUUAAACUUGCCCUGCGAACCUCAGGACACCUCUUGUUAGGGGUGGUGCGGAUCUACCACAGAAAAACCAAGUACCUCUUGUCCGACUGCAAUGAAGCUCUCCUUAAAAUGCAGUCAGCCUUUCGUCCAGGACUUGUUGAUCUCCCAGAAGGAAACUUAGAAUUGAAUUAUGAUGCCAUCACAUUGCCUGAAAUAUUUCAUGAUUUUGACACACAACUCCCUGAGGUGAACGCCAUUGAUGUUGCUGAACAUUUUACACUGAACCAGAGCAGAGUUGAGGACAUCACUUUGCUGGAAGAGGAUUAUAGACGGGAUCUACUUCUCCAGGGUGAUAGUUUUGGUGAAGAAAUUGAAAUGCCGAGGCAGCAGGGCUUUCUCAAUGACAGCCUAGUGGCUAUUUCUGGUGCCCUCUUGACUGAUCACAGUUCUUUGAGCUUCACUGAAGACAAAAUGGCGUUUGCUGAAGAUGCCCAUUCAUUCAAGUAUGAUGGGUUUGGAGAUGAAGGAGCUGCAGGCAAUAUGAUUGAUGCUGUUCUUGGAGGUGAGCCGAAUGACCACGUUAUUACAGACCUCAACAUGGAGGAAGAAUUUACUUUACUCCAAGAGCUUCCGACUGAGAAUACAGCAGGCCAUCCUAGAUCUGAGCAGGAAGCAAGAAGCUGCCAAAUGAAUGAAACCACCUUGUUGCUCAGUGAGGAGGAAGGAUUUGUACUUGAACCACUUGACAAUUCAGUUCUCACAAGGAAACAAAGAGGGAAAAAGAGAAGAAAGUUACUUGUUGAUUAUGUGAAUCAGCUAAGCAGAAAAACUAUGCAAAACCAGCUUAUGGACUAUGAAGACACAUUAACUGCAUUAGAUAUUGCACCCCCUACAAGAAGGCUCAUGAUUUUACAGGACUUGGGGAGCGCGGAUAAACUUCUGGGCAGACCUACCCAGACUACAAUUAAUGAAGAUUUGCAAAAGCUCUUUGCUAAAAGUCUCAGGUGUGGAAGAAAAAGGUUGCAAGAGCUUGCAGUUGAAAGAAGCAACGAACAAGAUGUCCAAGAAUUGCCAACAGCAGAGGUUCCAAAAGCUAUGCAAGACACAACUUACCAGAUUGUGUCACAAAGUAGCGGAGAAGAAAAGGGAAAUAUAGAAAUUGUUGAACCUAUGGAAACUGUUGGUGGAGUGUCUGCUACGUCUAAUGGUUCUUCACAAGAGACUUCUGUAAGUCUAGAGGUUGAGGCUGCAGUGGAAAAGGGAAAUAAAGACAAUGCUCCAGAUAAUGAAGAAGAAAAAAAGGAUAAAAGAGCUGUAGAUUUGCUAAAUACUUUCCGGAACAUGUACCAGGCAGGAGCAAAGUCUUUCAGUUUUCUGACCCUCUGUAAAAACAAGACCAAGAAAGAAGUGGCAGACAAAUUCUUUAGCUUGCUUGUUCUAAAGAAACAGCGAGCUAUUGAGGUGGCUCAGGCUGCUCCCUAUGCUGACAUUGUGGUGACGGUGGGUCCAAACUUCCAUACUUUCUGAAGGGUAGAGUGAUCUCCUUUUAACCAUUAGUUGCUAUGCUUGAAAACUGUACUCUGCGUUCUAUGAAAGUUGUCAAGAGACACCUUACAGCAUACCGAGAUCUUUGGAUUAGACCGUGUCCUCCACUGCAUAGAUGUGCACAUGCACUUAACAACAAGAGCUAAUAGACGAUGUGCAGAAAUAUUAUAUUGUUAAAAAGAAACACAAUGCCUUUGUUUAAUUAGCACAUCCAGAGUUCAAGCUGUAUGUUAGGAAGAACGCUGCUGCUGUUGUUGUUUUUCUAAAAAAAAAUGUUAAAGUAUAAUUUCCAUGGGUUACCUGUUUUUCUGUUUCCAUAUGAAGUAAAAACAGGGUUAGCUAUGUUUGAUUCUGUAUGCAAAACUGGCUGAUUGUUAGCUAUCAAAACGUGGAUAUCGGCGCGCAGGACACACUUUAACAGCAACAAUGGGAAUUCUGUACAGCUGUGACGUCUUCUUGACCAACGUUUGUAUUUAACAUUUUUAGUUACAAUGCUUCAUACGCUGUGCAGUAUUACUUUCGUUAAGGCAAACAUGUGGUGCUUAUUCUGCAUGUUGCCUAUUAUUGCUGUGCAUCCAAGUCCCCACAGACACCACACACUGGGUACGUGAGUUUGCACUUUGCAGACACUUGAACUAUAGUGGCUUAUGGUAGCUUUGGAUUGGUGAACACAGGAGUGUUCCAAAAUGAGUGCUACCUGCCUCCUCAUCCUACUCCCUGCUUUGCGGUGUUGAAGCUUGAGGGCUGUACCAUCCAGGGACAUCCUUAGGCUGCAGAAAG